UGAGAAACUAAGGCGACACAUUAACAUGAAUAACCUACAGAAAACUGAGCGUUAAGAGAAGAUCUAAAAUAUAGACGUGGAGCAAUAACAGAGACAGCAUUCAGGUUUGACUGACAGCUGGUUGGGCAAUGGAGGAGUCUGUAAUCCAGCGGCACCUCACGCAUUAUAAACAGGCCACUGAGACGGCACGUGAGGAGCUGGCCGUCCUGCAGACCAAAUACAACAAACUCCAAUCACAGCUCUUAGAAAGCCAAACCAAAGUUGCAUCUCAGGAAGAGACUCUGAAAAACUUAAGGGACGCCGUGGAUCGACAUAAAGAGAAAGAGGCGAGACAGGAGUCUCUCAUCAGCUCGCUCAGAGAACGCAGUCACAACACAGAGCAGGAGAUGCUCUCCAUCACCUCCUCCAGAAGCUUCCUGGACAUGAGGAUACAGACACUUACAAAAGAGAACGAGGAAAUCAAGGGGAAAAUCGUGGAACUUGAUAUCAAAUCAAAGCAGUGUUUUGCAGAAUGCAACAAGGCCAAACAGGAAGCUGCUGAGACCCAGAGAAGAUCUGAUGAUUUUAUAUCAGCAGUAGCAAGCAAAGUCUCUGUAAAUGUGGCAGGAAAGGCAGAUCCUAUGGAUUAUAUCCUAUCUGUGGUGGACGCCUGCUUUAAGGAGAACCACCGAGUGAAGAACAGCGUUUGCGCUUUAGAGGAGAGUGUGAAGCUGUAUGAGGUGGAGUGCAAAGCCAGCAGAGAAACAGUCAAGAGACUGGCGACCGAUGUAGAACACGAGCAGUCGCUGUCCGCAUCAAGAGCCAAUGAGCUGAACUCCAGCAGACAGGAACUGGAUAUAAUCUCCCUGAAGAAACUAAGUUUGGAGAAGGAGAACCAGGGCCUUAAAACGUCCCUGCAUGAGUCUGAACUGGCGCUGGCAUCUGCGCAGCAGCGCUGUCUUCAUUAUGAGAAUCUCUCUCAAGAUCUGCAAAAUAAACUCCAAAGCUGCCAGAAUGAAGCUCAGGCAUCUCACAGCCACUAUGAGGCCUUCAUGAAGAAUGUGGGAGCUCUGCUGGAGUAUGAGUCUCGUCCUCCUCAACUUACUCAAAGCGACCUACUGAAGGCACUUACUGCCCUGUGCAGCAGUGAGAAAAGUGCACAGAAGUCUCUGCUGGAGAUGGAGGGAAGGCUGGCGGAGGUGGAAGAGCAGUUGUCCAGACACAAAGAGCAUAAGUGCAGCUCGGAACAGAGAGAACAGGUGCUGCUGGACAGAAUCAAGAGUCUGGAGGACGAGCUGCUGACGGCCGGAGUCUGGAAAGAUGGACUGAAUCAGGACAAACAGCAUUAUCUACGGUUUGUGGAGCAGCUCUCAGAGAAGCUGAAGGUGGAUCGUGUUGCUGCAGAUCUGGGAUUUGAUAUGAGACUCGAGGCCAUUCUUACACGAGCUGAGCAGCUGAGCAGACAAGAAGGGACAGCUUUACUGGAGAACAAGACUCAAAUCUACAGCCUUCAGAGAAAGCUUAAAGAACAUAAAGAGCAUUCAGCAAGUAAAGAGCUUCACCUGGAGCUGCUGAGGAAGAAGAUGGUCCAGCUGGAGGAGGAGAAGAGGAGCCGCUCAGCUCUAGCGGUGGAGAAAGAUGACGCUGCUUUGUCCUGUAAGAAGCUCCAGAAGCGUGUGGAUCGACUGCAGGCAGAGCUGAGCACCUUACGCUUCUCCAACACCGAGCUGAAAGCCCAGCUGUCCCACACCAAUGAGCUCAAGAUCAAAGUGAUGGAACAAAACCAAACCAUAGAGGAGCAGAGCAAGAACCUGGGAAAGCUUGAGAAGAACAAGGUAAAGACUGAGAAGAAACUGACCACCAUCAAGUCAGAGCUGAAAAACCAGGAACUCAGAGCCAGAGAUGACAUUCAACAUGCCCAGAGACUGCUGGACACUCAGUCUAGUGCUAUAGCAGAUCUCACUCACACCGAGAAGCAGCUGCUGGACUUCUACACGGUGCUGUCUCAGAUGUUAGGUGUUGACUGCACAGGAUGCGUCCCCAACUAUGAAGUCCUUAGAAGGCUAGAGGUUCUGCUUCAGUCAGGUCACUGUCACUGUCCUGCUCGUCUACACCAGCAUCACGCUCCUCAGAUCUGGGAAGCGUCCUCCAUAAACGCUCAUUCUCAUGCUCUGCCAGCUCCCUCCAGUACAACCUCAGACAGCCCAGCGGCCCCCGGGGAUAAUAAUAACAUUUAAGCAACUGUACGUUUUUUUCCUCCCUUGAAAUAAAUGUUUGUUGACACACUUACUUCUGAAAAGGCAAGUGGCAUUGCUUUUUUCCCAUGCAUUUGCUCUGUGAAAAGGUUUAUGGCGGCAACAAAUGCACUUGUGCAGCUGUCCACUGUAAUUACUACAGUAUUAUAUUUAUGACGGUAAAUUUAACUGUCAUAACUUAACUGUAGGAGGCUCUAAAGUUCCAAAAAUAUUCAAAAGUUGCUUUAAAGUGCCCCUAUUAUGGGUUAUGAAAGGUUCGUAUUUUGGUUUUGAGAGUCUCAAACAACAGCUUGACGUGCAUGCAAGGUCAAAAAAACGCUUUUCAUUUUUUUAAUAAUAUGCAUUUAUUUUUACAUUAUUUGUUCAACGUCUCCCAAGCCAUUCAUUUUACAAUCCUUUUUUCCAAACCCUCUAGCGAUUGGUCAAUUUCAUUCAAAGCAAAGUUCGUGAGCUUUUACUCCAAAAGCGCCACCUAGUGGCAAAGAAUGAAUGCGCAUUUUCAUUCAGAUCGACAAGUUGGUGGGAAAUAUACAGAUUUUUCAUGUUGACGUCAACACGAAAAGGCUUGGGACUCGUUUUAAAAAUGACUCAUUUCAAUGAUUAAGGGUCGACGCUUUCUUCUGAGAGACAAUGACUUUAUACCCCAGGAUUUAUCUGCUUUCUGUAACUGCACCAUUCUGAGAACAAAAAGCACCUCCUACUAUUUAUAGUAAUUAAAAAGCAAUUAAAAAUUGCAUGCAUGCAUCAUAUUAUUAAUGGCAAGCAUUUCAUUAAAUACUAAGCAUGGUGUUGAUGUUAAUGAAUGAGACUACACCAAGUUUGCAACGGUUUGAUGUGUUUACCCAACUAACGUUUACCCAGUGUUCAGCUAAUGCUCCCAUUAAGACACAGCAAUGUUGUUUCUGAAGACAUCCAGUUAUUUUACAAUUUUAAAUGUUAAAAGAGAACAUUGCAUUUUAGCAUUUUGCAAACAUGGAAGCUACUUUUGAAUGCUCGCUGUAUGGGUACAAAGUAGAAAAAGCAUUUUCUGAAUGUUUUUAAAGACCAGAUCAUUUUGAAUGAACAUUAUAUUAAGAUUACUGGAAGUGU